AUGCUUGGCGGCACGAUGCUGAAAAGAUACGCGCGUACCUCUGCGGCUGAUUUCACGCACACCGUUAUCGGCGCAGGCGCAGUUGGGCUUGCGACUGCGGCAGAUAUUGCCAUGCGCUUCCCGGACGCAAACAUAUUACUGCUAGAAAAGAAUGCAAAGUAUGGUCUGGAGACCUCGAGUCGGAAUUCGGAAGUCGUUCAUGGUGGUUUGUACUAUCCCGAGGGCUCUUUGAAAGCAAAAUUGUGCAUUGAAGGAAAAAAUAUGAUAUAUGGAUUGAAAAAUGAAAACGGCGCCGCAAGAGACGUUGCGGUGCGCAAUUGCGGCAAGUGGAUCGUGGCGCAGACUGCGCAGGAGAUGGAGUACUUGCAGCGCAUGCAUGAGAAAGCGGAGCGCAUGGGUGUACCCACGGAUUUUGUUGGGAUUGGUGAGGCGAAGAGGCGCGAGCCGCUGAUAAGCGCAAGGUGCGGCAUCCUACACUCUCCGACAACAGGCAUUUUAUCAGCGCAUGCGCUAAUGGAUUACCAGUUUGCGAGAUUCCAAGAGGCAGAAGGUUCGGCUGUUUUCAACACCAAAGUUGUUGGCCUCGAAUAUAUGAAGUCUUCGGGUAUCUAUAAGGUUCAAACAGAGCUCUGUGGCACCAGUGCAGGCGCAGAUGAGGAAGAUGGCGCGUUCAGCUUCACGACGAAUGCGCUUAUCAAUUGCGCAGGCUUGCGCGCCGCCGAAAUCUCCAACAUGAUUCUGCCCGAAAAUCGCCACAUCAAGCAAUAUUACGCAAAGGGUAACUACUUCAGCUAUAGCGGCAGGCCGCUUGGAAUCAAAAGGCUUGUCUAUCCUUGUCCGACCCCUGGCGUCGCGUCGCUAGGAACGCAUUUAACGAUUGAUCUGGGUGGAGAUGUGAAGUUUGGCCCGGAUUUGGAGUGGGUAGACAACUGUGAUGACUACAGUGUUAAUAGCAGCAAUCUUGAAGCAGCAUGCAAGCAAGUCAGCCUUUAUCUUCCCGGAAUAAAGCCGGAAAAUCUCACUCCUAGUUAUUCUGGUAUUAGGCCAAAGAUCAUAGGUCCAAACGAAAAACGGUUUCAGGAUUUCAUUAUCCGUGAGGAGAAGGAUUUUCCAGGAUUUAUCAAUCUCCUUGGAAUAGAAAGCCCGGGUUUGACCUGCUCAAUGGCUAUCGGAAAAUAUGUUUGUGACAGAUUUAUUUAA